AUAAACUUUUCCUCAACCAUAUUCUCAAUCACCAAUUGAGUGUACCGUUUUUGUGUUCACUCACAAUGGCGGGGACUCUCCAAAUUCUAUUCCUCAAUCCUCCGGUCACCGGGAACUCACUGUCUCGGUGCCGGAGUUCUCAUCUUCCGACGACCCACUUCCCGUUUUCUGGCAACUGCCCUUCGAUAAUCAACUACAGGUUGCAUCUUGGUUCGAAAUUCAGUUCACCUGUUAGAGCCAGUUCACAACAUUCAAAUAAGGGAAAUGGUUGUGGAGACGAUCUUCCUCGGGCUACUGCAAAAAACUCUGAUUGGGUAAAACCACUUUCUGGUUUUGUAUCCAACAAUUUUUUGCCUUUAGCUUUAAUUGGUGGAGUAGCAUUAGGGCUUGCUAAUCCUACCCUUGGUUGUCUGGCUGAUAGAUAUUAUCUGUCCAAAAUUAGCACCUUUGGCAUAUUUAUAAUCUCAGGGAUUACAUUGCGUAGUGAUGAAGUAGGUGCUGCUGCUGAAGCUUGGCCUGUUGGGCUAUUUGGUCUUGUUUCUAUUUUGUUCUUCACUCCUCUUUUAUCCAAGAUUAUUUUGCUGCUAAAGCUUCAACCUCAAGAAUUUGUCACAGGGUUGGCCAUCUUUAGCUGUAUGCCCACAACAUUAUCUAGUGGAGUGGCACUAACUCGUUUAGCAGGAGGAAACUCUGCUCUUGCGCUUGCGAUGACUUUAAUAUCAAACCUUCUAGGUAUUCUGAUUGUACCUUUUUCGAUCUCCAAGCUCAUAGCUUCUGGUGUUGGUGUGUCUGUUCCAGCUGAGCAGUUGUUCAGAAGCCUUGUUGUCACGCUUCUAGUUCCUCUUAUCAUAGGGAAGGCUUUACGAGAAUGUUUCAAGGGUGUGGCUGAGUUUUCUGAUCGAAAUCGUAAGCUUUUAUCAAUGAUGAGUGCUCUCCUCCUCAGUCUAGCCCCUUUUAUACAAGUCAGCAGAUCGAGGUCACUGCUUUUAUUGGUUAAGCCAGCGGUAUUUCUUCUGGCUGUUGUGUUAGGAGUGCUUCUACAUCUCAGCCUCUUUGCUUUCAAUGCUCUGGCAAUAUCAUUACUCUCCACUGUUUCAGGGGGUAGUGAAUCAUCGUUUUCAAAGAAGCAAAAUAUUAGUGCUGUUUUACUUGUUGCAAGCCAGAAAACUCUGCCUGUAAUGGUAGCAGUAGUAGAACAGCUUGGUGGUGCUCUUGGUGAAUCUGGUUUACUGGUUCUUCCAUGCAUAGCGGCACAUUUGAACCAGAUCAUCUUUGACUCUUUUUUGGUGAAUGUUUGGUUUCAAAAAGAGCAUGAGAGUGCUUAGAUCACAUUGUCAGUCAAGGAUUAUAGUUUCGUUUCCAGUUUGUGCACGACGAGCUUUUUUAAAGUUAUCCUUUCAUAUGUUGGCUCAAUUUUGAGAAUACUAUCAUCCGAAUUUAAUAGCCUUUUUUCUUGAAGAAUAAUAAUAAUGCAUCUACUUAGACUAUAAAUGAUGUUGCAAGGUAAUUGUUCUAUUACUCAAACAGAUGUAUUUUCUA